AUAAGAACUUUUAUUUUUUGAUGUUACAGGUCCGCUCGGUGAAAUUUUAGUUCUAUUUUUGUUCCUCGCCGGCUGGAGUCUUUUAAAUGGACAAGUGGAAAAAUAAUAAAGGAAAGUUUGUGGCUAUCAGAGAGGAUAGUCUACUUCCUCCGACUCGCAGAAUUUCCAAUAUAACACCACCUCCGUCAUUGGAUAAACGAAGAUCAAAAAAAUGGUCCAUAGAUGGGAUUUUCAAAAAUGUUUUUUCCAAGCUCGACGCUCAAAGUUCCUCAUCCUCGUUCGAGGAUUUAUCGAAAAGACAUAGAAGGAAAAUAAAAGGCAAGCCCAAGGGCGGCACGAGAGCCUUCGGUCAUGGAUCGAAGGGCGGCGCGUACGCCGCCGUCAACGGAAGCGGGAGCGUCAACAACAAUAACAACAACGGGGGCAGCGGCGGCGAUCAUCCGAGCAUGAGUCAGGAGCAGCCGAGUAACGCGCAGUCGCGCAGCAGCGAUGGCUCCGUGGACGGGCGCCGGGCCCUCAAGGACAAGGUGAAGGCGCGCGCGGAGGCGAAGCGCGACCGGCUCGGGGCGAGCGACAGCAGCACCGACGAGAGCAGCGGGGACGAGGCAGGCAGGUGGAGGCACGAGCCCAAGAAACGAACGUCGCGCGCCUCUAGGACCGAACGCUAUCUCAAGAGGAUGUGCAACGGGGCGGAGAACUCCCGGAAGAUCGCCGACUCGAGGAGCAUCGAGAGCCGCGGGAGAGCCGAGCUCGUCCGGCCGAUCGACCUCGUACCUCGGGUCGACGGCGCGCUGGUCAACGGCGUCGGUGAGCAAAUUUUCACUUCUCCUUUAAUCGCGGCGAUUUACUUCAAAACCCGAGUCGCUCAUCGACGAUUCACAGGUCACAUGGAUCACCAGACAAUACCCUGCUUCGACAACGGCUUGCCCAGUGAUGUGCCCAACGGUCUGCCCAAUGGUCUACCCAACGGCCUGUCCAAUGGCGUGCCCAACGACAUCUCCAACGGUUUGCCCAGCGGCCUGCCCAAUGGCUUGCUAAACGACCUACCUAACGGCCUGAGCAACGGCAAUUACUACGGGCAGCAAGAGGAGGCGGGCGUGAACGUCCUAAUCCAGCAGACGCUCCAGUACUUCAAUGACUUUGAGAGGAACAUGGAGGCGACGCAGCUGCACAAAGAGCGCCGAGCGUAUCCGAGCCAGCAACGUCCGCGUAACUACGGGUCGUCGAACUAUGCGGAAUUGCAGCCGCGGCGAUCGUCGGUGACGCCCCCGAAGCCACCCUCGAGAGACUAUCGCUCGCGGAACCUGGCGAACGGCGCGUCGAUGGAUAAGUACUAUAGGUUGGCCCAACCCAUGCCCCGGUUGCAGGAGCCGACGAGCUGCAACCUGGAUAACGGAUACUACGCGAGCCCGAGGUCAUCUCUCUAUAGUCCCAACACCGAAGUCUGGAACAUCAACGAGGGCACAUACAGCGGCGUCGUCGCGCCCUCCUCGACGAACCACAUGUACGAUCUACCUACGAGUCCCUCGAGAAGUCCCUUGAGGGAGUCUCUCAAUACGCUAAUAAUAAGCUUGGGCUUAAUUGUAUUCCAGGGCUUGAUUGGCGAUCCAAAUACUUUGGUCGUUAGGAGUCAAUCACCAUUAUUAGAUUUAAAUAAAUCAAAACAUUUAGAGCAGCCGCCACGAUUUUCCAUGGUUUUGCAGAGGAACGAUUAUGAAAAUUUCAAUCACCAGCCGUUUAAGAAGGCCGAAAGCGAAAAACCAAAUAAUAGGCGGAGUUUGAAAACCUUGGAGGAGGCAAUGUGCGAAUUAGAGACAAUUUACAAUAGUCUACAGCUGGCGGAUGAGGAACUGUUAGAUAGAGCCGAACAAAGAACUAUGGAGGAGUUCCAUUAUAAAGGAUUUACAGCGAGUCCGGAUAACUAUGAAAACGAGGACUCGAUCUCGAGACGAAAAACAUGGGGCGAUUCGGCUUUAGGUGGCUUUAAAGAGGAGUCAGAGGUGCCGGAUAGAUUGAAGGAUGACAUGGCCUACAGGAGGAUGCACCCUAAAGAAAGGCCGUCGUCAGUAGAUGGACAUUCGUCAUUAACUAGUAUUAGUUAUUUAAUGACGUCGCCAAUACCAUCACGACGGGAUAUGCAUUACAUUGAUCCUAAGAGGAAAGCACGUAGGAAAGAGCCGGACGUUACGCUGGACGACGUGGUUUUUCGUAGUAUGCACUAUGCUAAUAAUACGCUCAAGGUGGUGGAGCCACAGCCACCUUUUGGAAUACCCCUUGGGCCGAUAACGACGGCCACGGACUCGGAUUAUCUACACACGCAGCCAACGAGGCUGGAGCAUUCGCGCUCAGCCUACGUACCGAGCGGCGAGCCGAAUCUCGUUACCGAUGACCUGGCAUUUCGUAAUCUGCGUAAGGACACUCAGCAAAAUGGGCCAACCAUCACCUCGCCGACGCCGUCAUUUGGUAUCAGGAAGAAGCGGGCCGUGAGGUCCUUGUCCGCGAAUCUUUACGGCUUGAUAAAUUCGUCUCCGACGACGUCGUCAGCGCUUGAGCUCGAUAGCGAGGACCAGGCUAGCUCUAUCUUGGACUCGGUGGCACUCGAGGGUUUCGGCAAUGACGUUCCCGUCAAGCGUCUCAGUCGUCGGACCAGCGACCCGGAAGUGACGACGGCCAACUGGCACAAUUAUCCCGUAAAGGCUUUCGACGUCAAGAGAUAUCGAUAUACGGCUGAGCCGAGGCAGAAGGAGACUUUGUCGGACAUCGAUACAAGCAACGUCUCUUGGGACGAGUCGUCCGAUGAUCGAAUACAACCACACAGUAAUUUAGUUAUCGAGGAUGAAAAAGCUGAAUGUAAGGGGAGCAGCGACAGAGGCAGUAGCUAUAUAUCCUCCAAUUGUAGUACACCAUCGCUUAGUAAAAAACUGGAGGUUGAGACAAUCCACGAUCAAGAGGUAUUCGUGUACAAAAAGCUUUAUGAAGACCUUGAGAAUCUCGUCGAGUUAACGAAAGGCAUCGAUGUCGCACCCGCGCGGAGCGAGAUCCAAAAUAAGCAUGUUGUGAAAGCAGAUUCCAGUGUAUUAAUAUCGGGAGAGCAUGCGACCGGUAUUUCGUUAGUCGAGGAGAAAGCUGACAAAAUCGAUGUCGGAGCGAUGAUCGAUAGCAUUGGUAACGACACCGUCGAGAAAGCCAAGAAAGAGGCGACGGAAACGUCACCGAUAAAGCGCGACAUCUCGACGAUCCUAAACACCCUAAAAAAACUCGGGGAGGAUUCCAAUUGUAGCAAUAGUUCCUGUUCAGAGAGAAUCGAGACGAAGGAGGAUGUAGUCGUGGACGAGAAGAGCUUAAAUGUAAUGACCAAAGAAAUUUGUGAUGCUGCCACUGGGCACAACGAGGCGGAGGCCAUGCCGACGGAGAAAAAGGCGCUCAAUAAGGAGAAGAAGGAGGCAGACGAGGAGGAGGAGAGGAAAGAUCGCGUGGACGACAACGUGUUCUUCCGUAACGUUCAGCUGGCGAAGCUCAGCGGCGAUUGGAAGGAAAGCACGCCGAAUGGGGCUGCAAUUAAUCGCCGUACGAGCCUCACCAGCGAGGCCAACUGGGAAGGUGAGAUAAGGUCUUGCGAACGCGUUAGUAGGGUGUGCAAUGCCUCACAUGAUAUGUCUCGACUAACCGUAAAAUACAUUUGUUACAUUACUAAUCACAUAACGGCGCAAUUUUGCCUCCUGCUUGUCUUCUUCCUCGUGCUGCUCUUAGCGAUCGUCACUGUGCCAUAGAUAAAGGGCGGAGAAAAUUAAUGAAUUCAACCAAGCAUUUAUUAUUAUUAUUCCGCUGUAUGUAUAAUGCGCAUCGUCAAUCCGAGCUUAUUGUCAUACCACAGACAGUUUGGCGAUAAUAAUGUUACCUGUUUUUUAUUUUAUUUUUUAUUAAUGAAUCUCUUGUAUUGUUAUUUUAUUUUUUUAAUCUAUUAACCCUCAUCUUUUUAAUCGCCUUAAAAUGGAUUGUGAAUAGUUUGUCGUAGAGAAUUGCAAAUGCUCUCGAGUGGUAAUGUUGGAUUGAAAUU